CCCGAGAGAGCGCCCCGAAGCCGGAGGCAGGGAGCCCGUCCCAGGCUGGGGGGGCAGCAGCAGGAGGAGGAGGAGGAGGAAGAGGCGGAGGAGGGGGAGCUGCAGGCAGCCAUGCCCAGCGCCAUCUACCAGCUGGAUGGAGAAGCCUCCCGCUGCUGCCCCCCGUCUGGCUUGGGCGGGCUGCUGACCCCCCAGAUCGCGCAGCAGCCGGCUUGUUCCGGCAGCAGCUUCGCCCUGCCUGCCGGCCCCGAGCAGCCCAGCCUGAAGCCGCCUUCCCCGCCUCUCCUGCAAGAAGCCGAGGCGCCCCUCCGAGACUCCGUGGCGGAGCUUUCCUUGGCCUUGGAGCAGCUUUCCAUCUUAGGGCUGGCGGCAGAGGAGGAGGAAGAGGAGGAAGGAGAAGGCGGGAGAGAAGAAGCGGAGGAGGAGGAGGCGGCGGCCAAGGAGGAUGGAAGAAGAAGAAGAAGAGGAGGAGGAGGAGGAGGACCACGACCCGAGGACGACCUGAUGGAGGCAGGUGAUCCAGGAGGGCUGGAUCCCUUCGGCUACCAUGGGCUGCCUCCCCUGGCAGCAGCGCCGCCCGCAGGUGGGGGCCUGGUCCUGCUGGAGGCCGAGGGCAGCCCCCCAGCCUCCAACUCCGUCUCCCCCGUGGAGAUCCUGGGGGCCUUCCCGCCCCAUCUGGGACACCCCCCUCCGCCACAGCACCCCCUGCUGGCCGGGCAGCUGGGCAUCAUCGGCAGCCGCAAGAAGAGUGUCAACAUGACGGAAUGCGUCUCGGUGCCCAGCUCGGAACAUGUGGCAGAAAUCGUGGGCCGUCAAGGAUGCAAGAUCAAAGCCCUGAGAGCGAAAACUAACACUUAUAUCAAAACACCAGUGAGAGGAGAGGAGCCCAUUUUUAUUGUAACGGGGCGGAAAGAAGAUGUGGAGAUGGCCAAGCGAGAAAUCCUUUCAGCUGCCGAGCACUUCUCCGUGAUCCGGGCCACUCGCAACAAAGUUAACGGCAUGGCUGGCUCAGUCCUGGCGCCUCCGAACCUCCCCGGCCAGACUACCAUCCAAGUACGGGUUCCUUACCGUGUGGUCGGGCUAGUGGUGGGCCCAAAGGGAGCGACCAUCAAGCGCAUCCAGCAACAGACACACACCUACAUCGUGACCCCAAGUCGGGACAAGGAGCCGGUGUUUGAAGUGACGGGUAUGCCAGAGAAUGUGGACCGGGCGCGUGAGGAGAUCGAGGCUCACAUCACCAUGAGGACGGGCUCCUUCAUCGACAUCAACAUCAACAACGACUUUCAUUCCAACGGCACUGACGUUUGCCUCGACCUGAUGGGUGGCAAUCCGUCCAGCCUGUGGUCAAAAGCACCUCACCCUACCCGGCGGACUGUGCCCAGUUUACGUAACGAUAACCUCGGUUCCUCGGGUAGUGCUACCUCGGCCACCGAGCCUUACUUUGGGGGCCAUGUGGUUGAAAGCCCCCCCACAGGCUCCUUUGUUUCCAACAACAGCAGUUACUCAUUCAGCGAACCUCCAGCUCCCGGACUGGGCUCUGAUGACGGUGAUUUUGGGUUUGACUUCUUGGCCUUGGAUCUCACCACGCCAACCACCAUCUGGUCCCCCUUCGAGGCUCCCAGCAAUUCCCUCCAGGCCUUCAGCAGUUCUUCCACCUCCUCAGUGAACGGCAAUGCUCAGAGACGCAACAGCACGCUCAGCACCUCCGCCACACCUCGGCAUUCACCCACCCUUCCAGACCCUGGCAUGGCUCUGGAGCAUCCUUUGGCCCGGCGCAUCCAGAGCGAUCCAGUCAGUGCCCUGUCCUGGCUGCCGGCCCAGGGCUCCAUGUCAUCCUUCUCCAACAGCACCGGCUACUCAUCCUCUUCCCCGUUACCAAGCAGCAUCUCCGCCACUUCUGGCUCGCCUACUGAUUCUAACAGUUCAGAACGGGCUCACAAGAAUUCCCGCGAGUGCAUGGUGUGCUUUGAGAGCGAAGUGAUUGCUGCCCUCGUGCCCUGUGGCCAUAACCUCUUCUGCAUGGAGUGUGCCAUGCGCAUCUGUGGCCGGGUUGAGCCCCAGUGCCCUGCCUGCCACGCACCAGCCACGCAAGCCAUCCAUAUUUUCUCAUAGCCACUGAGUGGGUGGGACUCACCGUGCAUUUACUGCCCCCCCCCGGCCCCCCCCACCACACACUUCCUUUCCCUCCAAAACAAACCCACAAGAACAACAAAGAACAUGGCUUUUUUCAAGCAUCUAAUUGUUUAUAUCAACCUUUUUUGGGAAAUCAGAACAUGCGAAAGAACCUGGAGGGGAUGGUAAGGGAAAUGGAGUAUGUCCUUUUGGAUCUUGCCUGGUGAAAAGAGAUAUGUCGAGGUAGAGCGAGGGAAAAUAAUAUUGGUGGUGGGAGGGGAAGAUGACGGGAGUCUUCACCAUUUAGGGCAGCUGUCAGAGGUGUCAAUUGUCAACUCCCAGAAUUCCCUGUCACGGCCAUGGCUGAGAAUUCCGGGAUUUGAAUAGACGCGCCUGGGGGCUGAAUUGUAUUUUGUGCUUGGCAAGAGCCAGCUUUCAAAGCUGGGCAAAAAAAAAUAUAUCUGUUCAAAUAUUGUUUACAGAAUAGCUUUAACUCUCAACCCCAUAAGCACAGGCUGGGUUGGGUUAAAUGUUUGCUGUUCCUCAUGCCCUUUUGCCCCAAACAGUAUUUCUUUUUGCAAAGAUAAAUCAAGCAAAAGUCCAUAUUGUGCACUUUUAAGAUUU